CUCUUCCAGAUCCUGACAGACUGGCAAGACAAGAAGGGUGACCGGCGGUUCCUGAAGCUGAGCAAGGAGCAUGAUGUGGGCACUUCUGUCAAACAUGGGAAGCCCAAGAAGCAGAAGCUGGAGGGCAAAGGGGGUCACGGGACAGGGCCUGGCCCUGGUCGGCCCAAAUCCAAGAACCUGCAGCCCAAGAUCCAGGAAUACGAGUUCCCAGAUGAUCCCAUUGAUGUUCCCCGGAUUCCCAAAAAUGAUGCUCCAAACAGGUUCUGGGCCUCGGUGGAGCCGUACUGCGCCGACCUCACCAACGAGGAAGUCAGAGUCCUGGAAGAGCUGCUCAAGCCGCCUGAGGACGAGGCUGAGCAUUACAAGAUCCCGCCUCUGGGGAAGCAUUACUCCCAGCGCUGGGCCCAGGAGGACCUGCUGGAGGAGCAGAAGGACGGAGCCCGGGCAGCAGCUGCUGCUGACAAGAAGAAAGGCAUCCUGGGACCGCUGACUGAGCUGGACACUAAAGAUGUUGAUGCCCUGCUGAAGAAGUCGGAGGCCCAGCACGAGCAGCCUGAGGACGGGUGCCCCUUCGGGCCCUUGACGCAGCGUCUCCUGCAGGCCCUUGUGGAGGAGAACAUCAUCUCCCCCGUCGAGGACUCCCCGAUUCCUGAAAUUGCUAGCAAGGACUCGGGAGCCGACGGCGCUGGCACUUCCCCCCGCAGCCAGAACAAGCCCUUCAGGCUGGCCAAGGAGGAGUUGCACCGCCAGGAGCUGCGGCAGCGCGUCCGCAUGGCCGACAACGAGGUGAUGGAUGCCUUCCGCAAGAUCAUGGCCGCCCGGCAGAAGAAGCGCACCCCCACCAAGAAGGAGAAGGACCAGGCCUGGAAGACCCUGAAGGAGCGCGAGAGCAUCCUCAAGCUGCUGGAUGGUUAGCGGACGGGGAGCUGAGGACUGGGCUGCAAGCUGCUCGCACCCCCCUGUUUUGCAGACUGUAGCUGAGCUGCCCCAGCAGCCAGGGCAGGGGAAAGUGGGGACGAGGAGGGUCCUGCCCACGGGCCUGGUGUGGUGGCAGUGCCCCGUCACAUGCAGGGUGUUGGCACGGCUGUGCUUUGCCUAGGAUGACCCCGUGGGCUUGGCACGGCGGGGGGGAGCCCCCCCCC